UUCACAUUUUUCAUGAUCUCAACAUUAUCUCAUUAGGAUACGCAAUAAACACGUUUCAUUGAAAACGUUCUCUGUCAGAACUGCUGGGGCAGGACACCCUAGCUAGCAGAAUUGUAUCUCAAUGGGAAUCGCAAGGUGACGUCAUAGAAGGUAUCUCAGCAACAGAUACAAACAAACUCUUAGCAACAUAGAUCACUGUUGCUACUCGUUGGAAUGACCAAUAUAAAGUUCGAACUGUCCACGUAUUUGACUCUUGCUAGCCGGGCAUUGUUUGGUGCACGGAAAUAAGGUUCAAAUUUGGUUGGACUCAAGCAUGGGAAGCGAAGCGCAAGACGUUUGUCUGCUUGAGCUGGAGGCGGUCAUAGGCUUCAAUGGGCAUGUAUUCUCCGGACUGAUAGUGCAUCCCGAUAGAGAACAUUUGAUAUAUCCUCUGGGCUGUACCGUCAUUCUAAAAAGUCUCAAAAACAAUAAGCAAACUUUUCUUCACGGGCAUACCAACAAUGUUUCCUGUGUCAGUGUGUCCAAAAGCGGAAAUUUCAUCGCAUCUGGUCAAGUCACUUUCAUGGGCUUCAAGGCUGAUGCCAUCAUCUGGGAUUUUGCCAAGAAAGAGGUGUAUGCAAGGCUUCAGCUCCACAAAGCCAAAGUGGAGGCCCUUGCAUUCUCCCCCAACGACAAAUAUCUUGUUACCCUUGGUGGCCAAGAUGAUGGCAGUAUUGUGUUGUGGAACAUCAAGACUGGUCAGGCUAUCUGUGGAUCCCCAGCUUCAGCCCACAAUGCGGGUCACUGCUUGACCGUCCGGUACUGCAACCUGAACGACGACGUGUUUGUCUCCGCUGGAAAUUGCACCCUUCGUGUUUGGGAGCUUGACCUCCCCAACCGAAAGAUCCGUCCCACGGAAUGUCAGACUGGCCAACUGAAGCGCGUUGUGAAAUGCAUCGAGAUCCCCGAGGAUGAUAGUUUCUUCUACUGUGGAACAACCAGUGGAGACAUUCUCAAAGUCAACUUGACGACGUUGCUGCUGAAUGGCUGUGGGCCUGUCAAGCACAAGUUCAGUCAGGGUGUGAUAGCUAUGAGGAUGCUGAAGACAGGAGAUCUGCUGGUGGGCUCGGGGGACGGCAUGCUCACUCUGUGCAAUGGGACCAAUUUCAAAAUGAAAAAGAACGCGCAGCUGGAGGGAGGUGUGACAUCUGUUUCCCUGCGUGGAGAGGGACACCAGUUCUUCAUUGGCACCGAUGCUGGGCAGAUCUACCGCUUUGGCUACACAGACUUCAAACCCGAGCUCUUCUCCUCCAAUCAUAAAAACGCAGUGAAUGGUGUGGCUUUUCCUUUCGGGUCGUCAGAGCUCUUCGCCACCUGCUCGAAGGAUGACAUUAGGGUAUGGCACGCCAAAACAUCCAAAGAGGUGCUGCGGAUCUCUGUUCCCAAUAUGACUUGCAACGCACUGGACUUCAUGCGGGAUGGCAGAAGCAUUGUCAGUGCCUGGAACGAUGGGAAGAUCCGCAUCUUCACCCCGGAGACCGGUCGCCUGAUGCUGGUCCUCAACAACGCCCACAGUAUGGGAGCGACGGCCAUCGCCUGCACCAAGGACUGCCAGAAGAUUGUCAGUGGUGGUGGAGAGGGACAGAUUCGUGUGUGGGAGAUCCUCAAGGGAUCCUCCAGGCUUCUUGAGAGCAUGAAGGAGCACAAGGCAGAAGUGACCUGUGUCAAGAUCAAGAGCAAUGAUAAAGAGUGUGUCAGUGCCAGCUCAGACGGAGCCUGUAUCAUAUGGGACCUCGAGCGUUACGUGAGGAAUCAGAUGGUCCUGGCCAACACUCUCUUCCGAAGCGUCUGCUACCACCCGGAGGAGUUUCAGAUUAUCACCAGUGGCACCGACCGCAAGAUUGGCUACUGGGAAGUGUAUGAUGGAUCAGCCAUUAGAGAGCUGGAAGGAUCCCUCUCAGGAGCCAUCAAUGGAAUGCAUAUCACACAGGAGGGCGACCAUUUUGUUACUGGUGGCGAUGACAAGCUGGUGAAGGUGUGGCACUACUCUGACGGUGCGGUGAGCCAUGUGGGCAUCGGGCACAGUGGCAGCAUCACCAGCGUGCAGAUCUGCCCCAACAACAAGCACAUCAUCAGCACCAGUGCAGACGGAGCUGUGCUUCGCUGGAGGUUCCCUCGCCGCUCCAGUUAGAACAGAGAACCAACAGCCAGAGCCCAGAACCCUAUUCUGAGUUGUCAUAUUGCCAUACGUGCCCCAUUUAUUCUCAUUAUUAGUCUGACGUUAUCCAUAAAUUAGACAAUACAUUUUAGUUUGUCCAUAAAUACCUGAUGCUAUAUUAAAAGAUCAUUACAAUAUGA